AUGCCGCUGUCGUCUUUGCCUGAUAUUCCCUUGAGUCUUGCACUCCCUGCUGCGGCAACCACACUUGCAUAUCUCAACGCAAGAUGGUCGGUCUCCUACGAUUUGAACCUUAUAAAGGGGCUAUUGAAGAUGUCCGUGAAGUCCCGCAUCGCCGAACGGGGUGACCGCUUGAACCUCUUCUACACACUCGAAGCCUAUGCACUCGAUCCUAGAACUGCAGAUAACGAUUUUAUUGUGUAUAAUGGACAAACCACGACCUUCCAUAAAGGCUAUAUCACGGUGCUGCGCUACGGAGCAUGGUUCAAGAAAGUCCACGGUAUCAAGCACAAGGAGAUUGUCGCAAUCGACUUCAUGAACUCUUCCACCUUCAUCUUCAUGAUUCUGGGACUGUGGAGUAUUGGCGCAGUCCCUGCGUUCAUCAACUACAACUUGUCUGGCAAGCCGCUCACGCACUCUAUUCGAACGUCCAGUGCGAGGCUCUUGAUGGUUGAUGAAGAAGUUCGUCACUGCUUCCCGGCGGAGCAGGAGAAGAUUUUGACAUCUCCAAAUUUCCGUGAUGGCAAGGGACCGGUCGAAAUUGUAUUCCAUACCCCGGAGGUCGAAGCGCAGAUUCUCGCAAUGGAGCCUACGCGAGAGGACGACAAGGUUCGCAGUGGUUUAAUCCCUCGUGAUAUGGCCAUCUUGAUUUACACAAGUGGCACCACUGGGCUUCCCAAACCAGCUAUUGUCAGUUGGAAGAAGUGCUGGUCUGGUAGUUUAUUUGUAAAAGACUGGUUAAGUAUUACUUCCUCUGACAGAUUCUUCACGUGCAUGCCUCUGUACCAUAGUUCCGCUGCGGUGCUUGGGUUUAUAACUUGCUUGAUGGGCGGAUCCGCCUUGAUCAUUGGCCGCCGGUUCUCUGCACGCAACUUCAUCAAGGAGGCCCGUGAGAAUGAUGCGACAAUUAUCCAAUAUGUGGGCGAGACGCUACGUUAUUUAUUGGGUGUAACACCUGAAAUUGACCCAGCCACCGGCGAGGAUCUCGACAAGAAGCACAAUAUCCGUUUGGCAUUCGGAAAUGGAUUGCGUCCUGACAUCUGGAACCGUUUCAAAGAGCGCUUCGGCAUCCCCACAGUCGCCGAGUUCUACGCCGCCACCGAAGGUACUGCGGGCGCAUGGAAUAUUUCGUCGAACGACUUCUCCGCGGGAGCCAUCGGCCGAAACGGAGCUUUAGGAAAUAUAAUCCUUGGUCGUAGCACUGCCAUUGUGGAUGUUGAUCACGACACCGAGGAACCGUGGCGUGAUCCCAAGACUGGCCUCUGCAAGUCUGUCCCUCGGGGUGAUCCUGGUGAGCUGUUGUUCGCCAUCGACGCAGCUGAUCCCACUGCCAAUUUCCAGGGCUACUUUGGAAACAAGAAAGCGACAGAGAGCAAGAUUAUCCGCGAUGUAAUCAAGAAGGGCGAUGCCUAUUUCCGGACUGGUGACAUGGUUCGAUGGGACAAAGACGGCCGCUGGUUCUUCUCCGAUCGACUGGGUGAUACCUUCCGGUGGAAGAGCGAGAACGUGUCCACCAGCGAGGUUUCCGAGGUUCUGGGUUCGCAUCCUGACGUGCACGAAGCCAAUGUUUACGGCGUUGCUCUUCCCAAUCAUGAUGGCCGUGCCGGCUGUGCAGCCAUUCUUUUCAACCAGCAGAUGGCAAACGGAAAUACCUCUGAUUCCGCACUAGAGCCCUCGCGCGAGGUGCUUGAUACUCUGGCUGCACACAUUCUCCAGAAUCUGCCCAGGUUUGCGGCACCGAUGUUUUUGCGAGUUACGCCUACGACGCAGUCGACCGGUAACAACAAGCAACAGAAGCAUGUUCUUCGCAAUGAGGGGGUAGAUCCAGCUCUUGUGGCGAAGAAGGACCGAAUUUACUGGCUCCAGGGUAAUACCUAUGUCCCCUUUGAACAGAGGGACUGGGAACGGUUGACUGGUGGUCAGGUCCGACUUUGA